AUGUGUGGGAAAAUUUAUUCACUAUUUUAUAACAAGACAUCUGUUUGUAGGCAUAUUAACAAUAGAAAAAUAUAUUGAUUGACUAUAUAAUAGGUUUGAAUAUAUUGAUAGAUAAAAACAGUGGUAGUAUAAUAAUAUAUUCAAAUAUGCGGAGCGAGAUGAAUUGGGUGGUGAAAGCAUAUAUUAGUGGUGUUGUGGAGACAGCAUAUAAUUUUGAACCAAUUAAUGAAGGGAGGAAUUAAGUAGUAAUCUGUUUUUGCUUUUUGUUUUGUCGAUAGUUGCUGUUAGGAUGUGGCAGGUCCUGAAUGGUUCACUUCGGGAAGAACCUCAUUAACACAUAGAAAGAUGACUAAAUUUAGCUAAACUAAAUAAGCCAGAAAUUAAAAAGGCUAAUUUUUCCUCCGUUGAUUUAGAUCAUCCGUUUAUUCUGCCAAGAAAUAUGUUAUACAACAGUGGCAGAGAAAGAAGGAUUAUUUCCCCCUAAGCCUCCCCGAGGAGGCCUAUAUGUUCAAACUUUGAAGGCUCAAAAACAAUAAAAACAAGAAAUAAAUAAAGAAAUACAAGUGUAAGGCAUCGGGGUGCAAUGGCCAUUGCAAAGAGCGCUGUUCUUAUUCUGCUCUUUGCAUUGGUCUGCAACGCGAACGGAGCACCAAACCAACCACGUAUUGCUGGUCCUGACAUGUUCAAGAAUAAAAAUGUGGCUAAGGAUGUUCUACUUCCUGGCGAGCAAGUAAUUAACGUCAUGAAUUUUGGAGCCAAAGCUGAUGGCAGGACCGAUUCCACCCAGGCGUUCAUGGAUGCAUGGCAAAAGGUGUGCCAUCAAACGACGGGACCAGUGAGGCUUUUGAUUCCUGAAGGCAGAUUCUUGAUUUCAUCUAUGUAUUUCAGUGGACCAUGCACUUGUCAAACUCCAGUAACAAUUCAAGUUAAAGGGUAUGUGAUGGCUACCACGGAUAUUUCAGAGUAUGAAAACGGCGACUGGCUCAUGUUCGAGAAGCUCAAUGGGCUGAAAAUUAUUGGCGGGGGAACUUUCGAUGGCCAGGGAAAAAAGUCGUGGGAGUACUCCGAGAAUUGCGAAUCAGGUGAUGACCGUGCUUGCGCCAGGAAUCCAAGCAGCCUUUUCUUCAGCGAUUGCAGCAACGUGGUUGUACAGGGCAUCAGGACUGCUAAUCCCAAAGGCUUUCACAUAUUCGUUACCAAAUGUACAAACAUAAGAUUGAGAAAACUGAAGCUGGUUGCCCCCGAAACCAGCCCCAACACUGAUGGCAUCCAUGUCAGCCACUCUGACACCGUGAUUAUGUCCAGAAACACCAUUGCAACUGGGGAUGAUUGCAUCUCUAUGAUACAAGGAGUGAAAAAUGUUUUCAUCAACAGACUCAAGUGUGGCCCUGGCCACGGUAUAAGUAUCGGUAGCCUUGGGAAAUAUCAGAAUGAGGAAGAGGUCAGAGGCAUUCGCAUUCAGAAUUGCUCAUUGAUCAACACAACCAAUGGCCUCAGAGUGAAAGCAUGGCCAGAUAGAUAUGCAGGUGCAGCAUCAGACAUAAGCUUCAGUAACAUUAACAUGCAAAAUGUCAGGAACCCUAUCAUCAUUGACCAAGAGUAUGAAUGUUAUCCAGACUGCAAAAAGAAGCCGUCACUUGUAAGGAUCCAAAAUGUUCAUUUCCAAAAUGUGAAAGGAACAACAACUUCACCACUUGCAGUGGACUUAAGGUGCAGCAAGCUGUUUGGGUGCCAAGGUGUUACAGUUAAGGACAUUGACCUGAAGUUUGGAGAUGCCCCAACCACCUCAAGAUGUGUCAAUACUCGACCGCUCUUUGCUGGUGUGCUAAUGCCCCCACCUUGCGCAUAGGUGUCAUGCCUUAUUGUUCCAUGACACCAUCAAAUUUCUAACCUUUUCUUACCAGCUGUGAUUUUUAGAUCGAGCUAUAACGGGAGUUUACAUAUGCUAGGGGGAAAAUAUUCUUGUUUUUUUGAGGAAUGGUUUUCAUUCACGGUUCAUUGAUUAACUAAAUAAAGUUAAAACGCCUUCGAUGCCUACUGUGCUUGCACUCUGAAUU